AUGCUCGAGGCAGACAUCAACUACCGGGUCCAGGGUGCUGACUAUGGCACACACUGGGCUACCACUCGAAGUCCGCCUAACGGAUACAACGAUGGGUACCAGAACAGCGGAUAUGACAAUGUCCGUGAUCCUUAUCGGCCACCAAGGUUGGAGGACGAGGCUCGGGCACGUGACGUCCUAGCCAGCAUCAUGCCGAUGGCUACCGAUGACAGCAUGGAUCGCCCAUCACACAACAGGCGCCGCCAGUCCAGCUUCCAGUCCAGCUUCCAGUCCAGCUUCUCCCCGAACGGCUCAGGUGACGAUACGAUGACGGAGUCGCCGAGCAUCUCCGAUCUCUCUAUGGACGGCAACUACGAGAAGUCUCCACCUCCUAUGUCGAACAUGCAGCUGGGCUCGUGUCAUGAGGCCUACAGCGGCAAUGGAAGCUUUGCCGCUGGCCUGAAUGACGGCAGCCGGAGCCGGCCGCCGAGACGCGGUGGAAACCGCGAUGAGUUCGACGGUCCACACCAGCUGCUGCCACGGCCAGCACCCCAGUACAUUGCCCAACAAGAACGGGAGCUGCCACACCUCCCGACACACCUGCAUGUCGAGGAACAGGACGCCGUGCUCUCACAGGUCAACGACCGGCUAUCGCAGUGUGCCUUUGACUUUGUCGCUCGAUACCAGUUUCCCAUCCCGCUGACACAGGACAUGCGGCGGGUGUCACGCCCACAGGACCGGGAAUGGACUGAGUGGGUGCAGCUGCUGAAGCGCCUGGCCACCAAGCGGCGCAUUCCUGCCCGCGUGCUGUACAACAACCAGAUCAAGCAGUUCGUCACCAUCCUGGAGAACUCGCUGGAGAUGCGACAUGCCGCCCGCCACCAGUCACGUCCGCUCAAGGACGACCGAAAUAUUCUGCAACUGAUUUCCGCCGGCAUCCAGGUCGCAAAAAUACUCAAGGAUGCUCCAGCCAUGGACUUUCUCGACCGUCUGUACAUUGACACGGAGAAGCAGAUACAGGAGCGGAGUGCUGCCGCCACACGGUUCCGCAUCUUGUGA